AUGAGAAGAAAUGAGAAAACAAAUGUGGAGAAUGCUGCUGAGUUUACGUCUGUUCUCUUUACUGUAGUUAAAGCUUUUGAAAUGGAGAUUAUACCUGCUGGCAGAAUUGUUGCACAGAUUGGAGAAACGCUCAUACUCACAUGCAACACUACCGGCUGUGCAUCACCAAGUUUUUCCUGGAGAACCCAGAUGGACAACCCCCUUGGAGGAACAGUGAACAACAAUAGGACAUACUCUACCUUGACUAUGAAUCCAGUUAGCAUUGUAAAUUCUCAUGAUUAUCUGUGCACUGUCUUCUGUGGUGAGAAAGAGAAAAAAGAGAAGAGUGUCAAAGUCAAACUUUACUCUUUCCCCAGUGAUCCUGUCAUUGAGAUCAGCUCAUCCUUAGUUGCUGGAGAACCAGUCACUGUCAUCUGUAAAAUUCCUGAUGUCUAUCCUUCUGAUCACCUGGAAGUACUCCUAAAGAAGGAGGAACAUGUUCUUCAUGAGGAAAAUUUUUAUGAAGAUGACAGCACAAAUACAGAGACCAAAACUAUAAUCUGUUGUAUUCAGUUGAAUUCUGUUGUAUUCAUUGGUCCACAAAAUACUAUGAUUACUGCAUCUCCAGGCAACUCGCCAAUGGAGGGGGAUCCUCUAAAACUAACUUGUGUGACUGAGAGUAGUCCACUACCACAAAUAGUUUGGAGAAAACACCUGGCUGAUGAAAGCAUUCAGCAUCUCAUCAAAAACAAUGUCCUUUCUAUUCCCCAUGCCAAUUUCACUGAUUCAGGACUGUACAUCUGUGAAGUAAUUAAUCUGAUAACUAAUAAAACAGAGAAAGCAACUGUGGACAUUGUUAUACAAGGUGCUCCAAACACUGCAGAACUCUCCAUUGAGCCUUCUACAACAGUUCAAGAAGGACAAAAUGUUUCCAUACAAUGCUCUGCUGAGAGUAACCCUCCUCCCAAGAUUAUUUUAAGGAGAAAAUCUGACAGUGCAGACAUGUGGCCUUACAGUGAGGGGAGAAUGCUCCUUCUUCCAUCUGUGACAUUCCUAAAUGGAGGAGACUAUGAAUGUGUAGCAGAAAAUAAGUUUGGGAAAAGUAAAAGUGAAAUAACACUUAAUGUGGAAUAUGGACCAAAGAAUACAAUGAUCUCUGUUAUCCCUGCUACUGCUGUUAAAGAAGGAGAAACUGUGACAAUGAAAUGUACUAGUUCUGGUAAUCCGGCUCCAGUGAUCUCUUGGAAGAAAAAGACAGUCACUGGGGAGCCUGAGAAAAUUUUUAAAGAUGCAACUUUAACUAUACAGAAUAUAAAAAGUCAAGAUCUGGGGCUUUAUGAAUGUGAAGCUUAUAACCAAUUUGGCAAAGAAGAAAAAGCUGUGAAAUUACUUGUUGAAGGAAGAUUGGAAAAACCAGAUCAAAUGAUACCACUGAUUAUUGCAUUCUCCUGUGUAACAGCAAUAGCAGUACCUGUAGUUGCAAUUUUGAUCUACAUGUCAAGAAAAGCAAAGAUAAAUGGAUCCUACAGUCUUGUAAAAGCACUCGGGCUGAAAGUGUGAUCGCAUGAAUAUAAGUCUAAGUUCAUAAUAAGCGAUGUUAUUUAUUGUUGUGACUGGUUCUACUCUUCUAUAACAUCUUUUAACAAAUGACUUGGGAACACCGUCAUGUGACAGCAAAUGGAGAUUUUUUUCAUGUUUUAAUAAGUACUUUGGUAUUUAAUUUAAAGGGAAAACUAGUAUCCU